CAACUUUGUGGACUAGUUAGGCGUUCGUUGUGCAUCUCCGGACGCAACAUCACCCGUUAGCUGAACUUUUAACAGACUCCUCAACUUCGGAAACUCUGGGAAACUAAAAAUGGGUUGCUUUGAGUGCUGCAUCAAGUGUUUAGGUGGGGUGCCGUAUGCGUCACUGGUGGCUACGAUCCUGUGUUUCUCUGGCGUGGCCCUGUUCUGUGGCUGUGGCCAUGUGGCCCUCACCGGCACCAUCAGCAUCCUGGAGAACCACUUCUCCAAGAUCACCUCUGACCACGCCAUGCUGACCGACGUAAUACAACUGAUGCAGUACGUCAUCUAUGGCAUCGCCUCCUUCUUCUUCCUCUAUGGGAUCAUCCUGCUGGCCGAGGGCUUCUACACCACCAGCGCUGUCAAGGAGCUGCACAGCGAGUUCAAGACCACCAUUUGCGGGCGCUGUAUUAGUGGGAUGUUUGUGUUCCUGACCUACAUCCUGGGUAUUGCCUGGCUGGGAGUGUUUGGUUUCUCCGCCGUGCCCGUCUUCCUCUUCUACAACAUGUGGUCCACCUGUGCCGCCAUGAGGUCACCAGUCGCCAACUUCACCAACGUGGACUCUAUCUGCGUGGACGUCCGUCAGUACGGUAUCAUCCCCUGGAACGCUACACCAGGCAAGGCUUGUGGGUCCACACUAGGAGACAUCUGUAAUACUAGUGAGUUCUACCUGUCCUACCACCUGUACAUUGUAGCAUGCGCUGGAGCCGGGGCCACCGUCAUUGCUCUGCUGAUCUACAUGAUGGCUACCACUUAUAACUUUGCCGUUUUGAAGUUUAAGAGUCGAGAAGACUGCUGCACUAAGUUUUAACUGGUGUUCAGAGACACAGCACAGCACAGUCUAUGACACUACACUGAGUAGAGACAGCAGCCACUUACUACAUGAACUAAAAACCAACAGAACAUAGACAAAAACAUCUUCCCCAUUAGUAUUCACCUAAAGCGUAAAUAGCUGAGUGUAUGCGUCCUUUAGCAUUUGAUAUCCAGGGAUAGGCCUGUCGGAAGGUUCAACGGUACCCGAGGAGAGUUGUCUUCAGAAUGGGGUGGUGUAUAGUUAGCAGGGUUAUGCUUUUCUCCAGGUCAUGUUAAGAUCUUAUAAGGACAUUAAAUCAGUAAUAACUCCCUUAAAUGAAUAGCACUCAAGCUAUUGUAGAGUAGGCUUGGAGCAGGAAGACAAAACACACUUAAUCUGAGGACAAUACAGUAUUCAGUGCUAUGACUAUCGCUCUUACAUUCGGGGUGAAAAAAAUUAUUUGUUUUUUACUAAUGGUCAAUUUGUCCGAGGACCAGCCAGCCUUGGCAUAGUGCCCUUUCCCCAUUCAUGUUUUCGGUUUGAUCAUGUGUACUUUUGUAUUUUCUUGGUGCAAGACACAAAGUGUUACAUAGAGAAUUGUCAGUAUUACAAGCUUCUGUCACAAACUAGCUCCUAAAUCGUAUCAUGAUAUAGACACUUCAUCUGUAAGAUGACAUAGACAAGAUGAACAAUGUUGUACAGUAGUACUUCAAAAAUAACUGCGCAUAUAACUAGUAUUUUGAAGGGUUAGGGCAGUACCAGGGGUAUAUUUUUGCUCAAGGUAUAUAGCCUCAGUUUAUGACUUCAUACAUUUUAUAAAGGAGGUUUUCCUAUUUUAGAGGAGUAAUGUGAUUUUUUUAUGCAAUCUGAUGCCUUCCUAGCUUCAGCUGAUAGUUUCAUGUUUUGUUUAAUUAUUUUUUCUUUGACUCAUCCAGAAACUGCCAAUCAGUUGUUUAAAGAGCCGCUGUUGGGUUUUUUUAACACUGAGCCUGCAUGCGUACUUGUAGUUUUUUUGUAUUACUUAAUCUGUUUAUGAUUACUUAUAUUCCAUAUUUCAUAAAUAUUUAAUUAUUUCCUAAGAUUUUUGAAGACUGUAGUUAUUAUUUUUCUCUUUCUAUACAAAAUAAACAAUCUUUGU